CCACAUCUGUAUCCGAACCAAAUUCCCUCCCUCGUUUUCUGCUCUCUUUCUCUCUCCCGCUUUUUUCAUUUUCCGACGACCCAGAUCUCACCCUCCAUCGCCGCCGGCCACGGUGGAUGUCGGGCAAACGACCUCCCCCUGCCGCCGCCGACCCGCCGGACCAGAUCAUGCACUCCAUGAAGCGUCAGCUCCCCUUCGUAGCAGCAGCUUCCGGUGAUUACCAUCGCUUCACCCCUGACCGCCGCCGGAACCCUGACCAAGUCGCCGAAGCCAUCGUCGUCAAGACUCCACAAUUGAAGCGGAAGAAUGAAGCAGCUGAUUUUGAAGCUGAUUCAGGUGAUAGGAUGAAUCCUGGGUCCACUGAAGCAGCUAUUAGUCCUUUUCAAACACCUUUAUCAGGAAAGAUGGGGAAGGGAGGCAAAUCCUCUAGGCUAACAAAAUGCAUCAAAUCUGCAACUCAAACCCCAGGACCAAAUAUUGGUUCUCCUUCAGCUAAUAACCUCACUCCUGCUGGUUCAUGUCGUUACGACAGCUCUUUGGGUCUGUUGACAAAGAAGUUCAUCAAUUUGAUCAAACAAGCAGAGGAUGGUAUGCUUGAUCUGAAUAAAGCGGCUGAGACAUUAGAGGUACAAAAGAGGAGGAUAUAUGAUAUAACAAAUGUUCUUGAAGGGAUUGGGCUUAUAGAAAAGAAGCUCAAGAACAGAAUUCAAUGGAAGGGUCUGGAUGUUUCAAGACCAGGGCAGGGUGAUGACAGUUUUGGUAGUUUACAGACAGAAGUUGAAAAUUUAACAAUAGAGGAGCGCCAGUUAGAUGAACAAAUAAGAGAGAUGCAAGAGCGACUACGGGAUCUUAGUGAAGAUGAAAACAAUGAGAAGUUGCUUUUUGUCACUGAGGAAGAUAUAAAGAAAUUGCCCGGCUUCCAGAAUGAAACCUUGAUAGCAAUUAAAGCUCCACAUGGAACUACUUUGGAGGUCCCUGAUCCUGAUGAGGCUGUUGAUUAUCCACAGAGGAGAUACAGGAUAGUCCUGAGAAGUACAAUGGGCCCAAUAGAUGUUUACCUUGUUAGCCAAUUUGAAGAAAAGUUUGAGGAGAUUAAUGGUGGAAAUGUUGUAUCAAAUGUUCCAUCAAGUCCAGAGUUCAACCAACAUCAACCAACUGUGGUUCCAGAUAGAGGAAAGGACAUAGAAGUGCAGGGACAGGAUGGCCAGGGGGCUAGUUCGGGUUUUACUACCUCUCAAGAUUUCGAGAGUGGGAUGAUGAAGAUUGUUCCUUCAGAUGUUGCUAGUGAUGCUGAUUACUGGCUUAUAUCAGAGGCCGAUGUUAGCAUAACUGACAUGUGGAGCUCAGAACUUACAGCUGGGGUUGAAUGGAAUACACUGGACACACUUCAAGAUGUAAUGACUCGUGAGCAAACUACAACCCCAAGUCAUCAUUCGAACGUCAGUGAAGUGGCUUCUGCAUCAAACCCUACUGGAGGUUGAAGUUUCCAAUGGAUAUUGUGAAUCUGAAGGGUAAGUGAUGUUCUUUUUUCAACUGAGAACCUAUGACAUCCGACCCUUCCUUGUUGUAUCCUCUUCAACAUACUCCUAGAGGUUGGAUUGAAGGUUUCAUGAAGAUGCUUUCUGAAGCUUCCUCCAAGAAGUUCGUCCGAGGAACCGAGUGGCCAGUUAACUGGCUCAUUGUACAGUUAAUAUAACAUGUGGGGGGGGGGG